AUGAGUGGCACGUUGAUAGACGUGACCGCGUCAACUAGUGGAACUGCUACACCACGAUCAAAGGUUGAUGCCCUUUCACGGGAUGAUUUGAUCCGUUUCGUUAAAAAACAAAUUGAUAAACUGAAAACUGUCAAGUGUGAAAAUGAAAAGCUGAAAAUUGAACUGGCAGAAGUGCGGAAGGAUCUCACUGAAUUUGAAAGAAAGCUGCAUGACGAGAAAGAAGAAAGUACAGAAAAAACAAGGGAAAUCCAACAAUUGAAUGAAAAAUGUAAUGACCUAAAAAUGGAGCGUUCGGAAUUAACGCUACAACUUGAAAAGCUAAAAACGAAGCUGAAAGGACUCCAGGACGUGGAUGGGAAGGCUGAAUCAUGUAAACUUAUCAGCGAAUCGAGCGUUAAUGACGGAAUUCCCAUUCAUAUCGUUCAAAUACAAAACGAAUUAGCUUCAGUGAAGGGUUUGCUUGGAAGACAAACAGAUGAAUGUGACAAGCGAGCACAAGAAAACGAAAAAUUAACAUAUACAAUAGCUGAACUGCGUUCGUUGUUGGAUGAUGCUUAUGCACAGAUCGAGUCUUACAAAGAGAAAAAGAGUGUGGAAAAUGUGAUUACGUUGGAAAUGGCCGAUUUUGAGAAAACAAUUGGACGACUUCAAAAAGAACUUAAAGCAAUAAAUCUCGAAAAGCGUUCACUGCUGUCAGAGUUGGAAGCAUCGAUGAAGGAAUUGGAUAAUAUUCGUGGAGGGAAAGUUUUGCUCACUGAGAAUAUUGCAGAACUGAAUGCGGUCCUCAAAAAUUUAAAGGAAGAACUAGAAGAGAAAAAAACAGAAAUUGCUUCAUAUGAAAAAGAACGACAAAAUUUGACGGAAGAACUCGAGAAACAGGUUUCUGCUCGAAACAGAGAACGAGAUCAAUUGUUAACAGUGAUUGGAGCAAAUGAGGAGAAGAUUGUAGAUUUGGAAGCAUCGAAUGCUUCAUUGAACCGGCAGUUGAUAUCGCUUUGUUCUCAACGUGAAUCAUUACAACGACAGUUCGAUGAUCUUUCUGAAGAGCACUCAACUUUCAAGACACGAGCCCUUUAUGUGUUGGAACAGAAGAAAAGUGACAAUGAUGAACGCGCGAAAGAAGAAAUUGAGAUAUUAGAGGAAACGAUUCGACAGCAAAAUAGGACAAUUGAUAGUUUGACAAAUUCACAUCGUAUGUUACAAAGCGAACUUGAUUCCUCAUCAGGACAUGUUAGAACACUUUCCACCGAAAUAUCGAAUUUACAGCGACAGCUCAAUAUUGCCGCUGAAUCCCACAAAAAAGAAUUAUCGGAACAACGACGAGAAUUCGAAUUACGAUCUGCUUCUCAAGCAAAGUUGAAUGAGGAACUGCUAGCCCAGAUUGAUGCAAGUUCCAUUUCACAUGAUCAAGAAAAGGAGAAUUUGUUGAUAACUACACAACAGGAACGUGAAAGCUUACGAGAAGAAAUAGAACUUUUAAAACGCACGUUGGAUGAAGAAAUGUUGCGGCGAAAAGAAAUGGAAAAGAUCCAGUUAACAGUGGCUGCUCAAAAUAUAGCUAUCCAAUUACAAAAAUCUUCUAAAGAAAUUCUGGCAUCCAGCACCUGUCUAAUUCAACCUUCAAAAGAGGCAGCAGAUGCAGCGAACAAAGAUGCAAAAAGUAAUGAUAAUGAGGAAAAAUGCGAAGAAAAGUCACUGGAGGAAGUGAUUUAUGGAGAAUCUGAAGAACUGAUCAUAACUGAUAUUCGGAACCAACCAGAUAGUUCAGUAACACAGGAUGUUACCCGAAUGAUUACCAGACAAUUAGAACAUACACGAGAGCUUUUAAAUGAAAGCGAAGCAACGAAUGCAAGAUUGGUAGAGCAAACAAAAUUUUUGAAAGAAGAGAUUCGAAAAAUUGAACGUGAUCGGGAGCGUGAAAAUCAUCUGGCCAAUACUGAGUAUUUGAAAAAUGUUAUCAUGAAGUAAUAUUGCACUGCAACAGUGAUAUGAUAUAUUGCCAUGCUUAUAUGACAAUACUAACAAAUUCCUGUCCAGAUGUUUUGAGAAGGAAUUAUGAUUUUUGCUAGUUUAUUGCACCAGAAAAAGUCACCGAGGAACGUGGUCGUUUGAUACCUGUUCUGACAACAAUGUUGAAAUUAAGCAGCGAUGAAGUGAAUUUGCUCAGUCAGGUGGCUGAAGCGGAUGUUGUAACGAGUAAAACGGCAGCGUCCAGUUGGAGAAAUUAUAUUUGGUCUGGCUUAUCUUAG